CCCCCCAAAUCGCUGUCAUUUCCCUCGCAGCCUGGCUCGGGGUGGCGGAGUGAUGUGUACACAUCGCGUGUGAGCGAGAGAGAGAGCGAGCGAGAGGGGAGGAAGGAGGAAAGGAGAAGAAAAAAAAAAAAAAAAAAAAAAAAAAGGAGCCACACCGCCGGGAUUUUGAGGAAUUUGCCUGUGGUGUUAAAGGGAAGGAGCAGAGUUACAGAGAAAUUGCGAGAGAGAGCUCUACCUACCGACAGAUUACAAGAGAAGUCAAGAGCACCGAGGACCAACCGUGCGGGCACACAGAGGCACCAUGAAACGCCUUUGAGAUCGCCUUUUAAAAAAAAAACCCAAACAAACAAACAAAAAAAAAAGCCAAAAAAAAAGGCCACUCCAAAAAAAAGCAGGACUCGAGACAGUCCAGGGACACUAAUCUAGAAUUAAAGCUUGUUUUUUUAAAUUUUUUUUUAAUUUUUUUUUUUUUUGCAUGCGAGGGUCAUGAGCUCCUACUUUGUAAAUCCGCUCUUUUCCAAGUACAAAGGCGGGGAAGCGCUGGAACCAACUUACUACGACUGCCGAUUUCCACAAAGUGUCAGCAGGAGCCAUGCUCUCGUGUAUGGUCCGGGCACUACCGCUCCCACCUUCCAGCACCCUUCACACCACGUCCAAGAGUUUUUCCACCACGGAACCUCCAGCAUCUCCAACUCGGGAUACCAGCAAAACCCGUGCGCCUUGGCGUGCCACGGAGAUGCUUCUAAAUUCUAUGGAUAUGAAGCUCUGCCGAGGCAAUCGCUUUAUGGUGCUCAGCAAGAGACGACUGUUGUACAAUAUCCUGACUGUAAAUCGUCUUCCAACAGUAACUCUAGCGAGGGACAAGGGCAUUUAAAUCAAAAUUCGUCUCCCAGUCUCAUGUUCCCAUGGAUGAGACCUCACGCUCCCGGAAGACGCAGUGGCAGGCAAACUUACAGCCGGUACCAGACCCUGGAGUUAGAAAAGGAGUUCCUCUUCAACCCGUAUUUGACACGGAAGCGGCGGAUUGAGGUCUCUCACGCCCUGGGACUGACCGAGAGACAAGUGAAGAUCUGGUUCCAGAACCGGCGAAUGAAGUGGAAAAAAGAAAACAACAAAGAUAAGCUGCCGGGGGCCAGGGACGAGGAGAAAACGGAAGAAGAAGGGAACGAAGAAGAGGAAAAAGAAGAGGAGGAAAAAGAAGAAAGCAAGGACUGAGCUCUCAGCCCCUUGAAGUCUCGUUUUAUGGCAGAUGAUAAAUCGAGAUGUUUACGACGGUCAUUUGCUUUUAUAGAGUAUAGAAUGGAGAGGCUCACACAGCAGUAACUACCUGUCAAACAGUUGUAGCCUUUUUUAUUGUAAUAGAAACUUCCCCUAGUUUUUUUUUUUCCUUUUUUGAUAGCUGCGUUUUUAGUUCCAUAAAUACAUAGCUGGCUUGGCUGCAACAGCAAGGGGGGAAAAUAAUAAUAAUAAUAAUAAUUAAUAAAGAGCCAGCAAAAGCAGAACCACCACCAUCACCACCCCAGCACAAACCCAAGCCUGGCAGCAAAUGCUCCUCCACCACCUCUGCGCCCAUGCACAUGUGGAUGGUUGCAGAAUAUAUCUGAAUUUUCCCUGGCUGGACUUUGCUCCUUGGCUUGGUGGUGUUUGGGGGUUUUUUGGGUUUUUUUUCCCUCUCCUGGGGGGGAGCGGGGUGUUGCUCGCAGCCCCCUUAGCUGGUUGGGGCAGCAUCUCCCUUGCUACGAGCCAUUUAUCAGCCCCCGGGUAGGGGCCACUCUGCGAGAGAAGAGGCGCUGGGAGGGUGAACAUACCUGCUAGAGCCGGCCAACCCCCCCCCCCUCGCCCCCCCAUUUCCAUAGGACUGUGGCUGUAUGUAGAAAAUACCUAUUUGCCUGAGACUUGAUAGGCCAAAAGCAGGGAGGCUGGCAGCCUCCUCUCCAUAGGCGCUGUUUACCAUUUGACUGUGUGAGCACUCGAAAUUCUUCAUGUACUACCUAAAGGGAAAACCUGCAAUAAUUAUCCAGUGUAUUGUCAGCAAGGGGCUUACAUAUCCUAAAUUUUACUUGGAAUUUAUUUAAGCGAGAGCGAGCUGCGUUGUUGCCCUGAUGCAAGCUACUAAGUAGCAGAAUAAAAAAAAAUCAAUAAUAAAAAUGAAAUAAACCACCAACCUUGUAUUGUACUUUAUCACUACCUAUAGAAGGAGUCAUGCUUUGAAAGUAUUUGUAAUGCGGUUUUAUUGUCGUUUGUUGCUGCUUAUUUUCUUGGAAAAAAAAUAAAAAAAAAAAAUCCCAACAACUGAAACUGCCUAGUUGAGAACGCACAGUAUUGUAUUAUUUUAUUGUGCUUAUAAAGUAGUGUAGAACUAAAUUGCACUGAAUGUAUAGUUAUCUAUUUGUCUUGACUUAUCUGUUAAUGCAACAUGCUCGAAACGAAAAAAAAAUCGUCAUUUGUUUUAUGUAAAAGCAUAGUUCUGCGUGUUCAAACUCUGAAUGUAGCAAUUUCCGCCAGAAAAUAAUAAAAAAAAAAUUCUGGGCACCGUGGAUUUGUAUUGUAUACGUGAGACAUUACGUAAAUAAUAAUAUUAAUAAUAAUAAUAAAAAAUAAAAGAUUUUAAAAGGA